CGGCGGGGCGGGUCCCGGGCGGCGGGGCGACCCCGGGCAUGAAGGAUGGACGGGGAGGACGAGGUGUCCCUCCGGGAGCAGCACUUCCACAGCCAAGUGCGGGAGUCCACGAUAUGUUUUCUUCUUUUUGCUGUUCUCUAUGUCAUUUCAUACUUCAUCAUCACAAGAUACAGGAGGAAAUCAGAUGAACAAGAAGAUGAAGAUGCCAUAGUCAACAGGAUUUCGUUGUUCUUGAGCACAUUUACUCUAGCAGUUUCAGCUGGUGCUGUUUUGCUUCUACCUUUCUCAAUAAUCAGCAAUGAAAUCCUGCUUGCUUUUCCUCAGAACUACUAUAUUCAGUGGUUAAAUGGCUCCCUAAUCCACGGUUUGUGGAAUCUUGCCUCACUCUUUUCCAACCUUUGUUUGUUUGUGUUGAUGCCCUUUGCCUUUUUCUUUCUGGAAUCGGAAGGUUUUGCUGGGCUGAAAAAGGGAAUAAGAGCACGCAUUUUGGAAACUCUUGUUAUGCUAAUUCUCCUUGCACUGCUUAUUCUUGGAAUAGUAUGGGUGGCUUCUGCUCUCAUUGACAAUGAUGCUGCCAGUAUGGAGUCUUUAUAUGAUCUCUGGGAAUUCUAUCUACCUUAUUUAUAUUCCUGUAUAUCACUGAUGGGAUGUUUGUUACUGCUUGUAUGUACACCAGUUGGGCUUUCACGAAUGUUUACGGUGAUGGGUCAGCUGUUGGUGAAGCCAACGAUCCUGGAAGACCUAGAUGAACAAAUUUACAUUAUUACUCUAGAGGAAGAAGCACUCCAGAGGAGACUAAAUGGUGUAUCUUCAUCAGUGGAGUAUAACACCUCGGAACUGGAACGGGAACUUGUCAAUGUGAAGGCAAUGAAAUCAAAACUAGAAAGACGGAAAAAGGCUUCAGCAUGGGAGAGAAAUUUGGUGUAUCCUGCUGUCAUGAUUCUGCUCCUUAUUGAGACAGCCAUCUCUGUCCUCUUGGUUGCUUGCAACAUUCUUUGUCUGCUGAUUGAUGAGACUGCAAUGCCAAAAGGAUCAAGGGGGCCUGGAAUAGGAAAUGCCUCCCUCUCCACUUUUGGUUUUGUGGGAGCUGCACUUGAAAUCAUUUUGAUUUUCUAUCUCAUGGUGUCCUCUGUCGUCGGCUUCUAUAGCCUCCGUUUUUUUGGAAGCUUCACUCCCAGGAAGGAUGACACAACUAUGACAAAGAUAAUUGGAAAUUGUGUGUCAAUCUUAGUCCUGAGCUCUGCACUGCCUGUGAUGUCGAGGACAUUGGGAAUUACUAGAUUUGAUCUCCUCGGAGACUUUGGAAGGUUCAACUGGCUGGGAAACUUCUACAUUGUCUUAUCCUAUAAUUUGCUGUUUGCUAUUGUGACAACGCUGUGCCUGGUCAGAAAGUUCACUUCUGCUGUAAGAGAAGAACUUUUCAAGGCAUUAGGUCUAGAUAAACUUCAACGAUCAAACAAUGCAAGAGACUCUGAGGCCCCAAAGCCGUCCGCAAAUGGCCAUCAGAAAACACUGUGAAAUACCCGAUCAGUAGUCGAUUGCAGUUACAAGAACUGAAAACUCCAACCUCAUGACAUUCCCGUCGCUUUCAUCAGAAUAUUUCUGUGUUGAUUUUGGUUCCUACUGUGGGGCCAGGGUGGUAAGCGCCGUUCCUCACCCUCUACUUCCGAGAACCUGACUACAUCAGAUCCUUCUUUUCCCACUGGACUUUUUUUUUGAUCUGCUCCUUUAGACAUAGGGUCUGUGAAGCCUGGAGUCUCUUCUGUGGACAGAUUUUCUUAAGUCAAUAGAUAUAACCCUGGUUAACACCUUAAAAGCUUUCUUGCCUCUUAUGAAAACAGUGCUCGAGAAAAGCUUUGGAAUUUUCUAAGGAUUUAUUCGGAGUCCAAAAGAAAUGCGACGGGAAGGGUGAAACAUUAACAGUUGGGGUCCCAGAGACUCAGGAAGGGAGGAUAGGCUAGGUUAUUGGCCACCCCAAAAAAAGCUCUUACAAAAAGUAGUCAAGAGGCUUAGUCCUUGUUAUAGAUUCAGAUUUACUCUUAUUGAGAAGUUGGGUUCGGUAACAGUGCAGUGGUUGGGCUGCCAGAGGGUUAUCUGGAAACAGAAUGUCCCAUUUCUGGAAGGUUUAGUUGUAAGGGAUGGAAGCUCAUUUUCAGCCAACUCUGAAAGAGGAGACUGUUAAUCAGUAGUCAGGGAGUCAAGAAAUAAAUAUUAACUUCCUUCUUGCAUCUGAGCCCAGCGGGCUUUGUAGAAAGCCAUAGAGAUCCCUCUCUUCCCCCUUUGUGUCGUCAAAGUCGUGCUCUCCAAUAAGCUAGGGUAGGAGGCAUUGGGCAGUCAAUCAGUUGCCCUACCAAACGUGCAUGUCUCCAGAUCCCCCUUUUUUCUGUAGUGUCAGUGCCAGUGUGGAAUCACACUGGUAAAUUAGUCUUCGCCUUAUAGGCUGCAAGUGCACAUAGUUUUCUUAAGUGUUUUCUUUAUAUGAAGUAAAUCAUUUCCCCAUGCUUUUAAGUCCCGAUGACAACUGUUGAGAAUGUUAAAGCUCAGUGGUGCAAGCCGCUUCUUGUUUCACUAAGCCCUUCAGCCCUGCCUUAGUACUGGAGAGACUAACUGAAAUGCCAAGCUUCCAGCUACCAGUUGGCAUCAAAAUCAGUGUGUCAGCAUUUUCCGGAGCGGACUAUUUCUGCAGUGCAAUGUGAUCUGAUCUUUGUUUUUUUUUCCUCUCUUCAAAAUUAUUGCACUACCUGUUAGAUGGUUUUCCUGGUUCAGCAGCUCCAUUAGAUGAAAAAUACUAAAAUUUGAUUUACCAUUUCCGUUUGCAGGGCCAGCCAGCUAAAAACACUCUGGCGGUAAAAUAGAAAAUGUGGACACAGAUUUGCCCACGAUUCACAUAUAUGCAAUUUAUAUAUACACACAUGCACAAUGUGUAUGGGACUAAGAUCGUCUGCGUUCAGACUAGACUACUAAAACGUUUGUUUUUCACAAAUUGCUGAAUUUAAAGUUUUUUGGUGAAUUUCUAUUUCUGGAAACUGGAAUGCUGAGAACUUUGUGUUCACUUGGAAUCUGGGGAUGAGAAAUGACUUUUCUCCAGGAGAGUCUGCAUUCCCCAUCUAGCAUAUCUGAGCCGCGUCACCCGUCAGGUGGGCUUCAGCCUUGAUCUGUUCUACAUGCAGUGUGGGUGCAGUAAAAACACAAAACCAUCCUUCAGGCUUGUAAAAGUGGUUUUCUGAAGCAGCUAAUGAUCUUGGAAUUGAGCUAGAGCGGAAGAGCAAAUACACAGGAAAUGAAUAAAAGGGUAGCCCCUUGCCUCUGCUUUCUCAUCUCACUCUUGUUUUCCAUUCAAGCACUAGGUAAGUGUUCUGCACUGUACAGAACAGUGGAUCCUCUCUGGUGGUCUUGGGAUCACACUUGGACAGACAACACUGAAACUCAGGCAGAAAAGGGAAAUCUCGUCAAGGAAAAGGACGGGAUUGGGCGGUUGACAUACUGGGCAUACGCUAAUUGCACUGAACUCUGAGCCCACCAGCAGAGGAGGCUUCGAUGUGCAUGGGGUCUGCAAAGCACUGGUUUGUUGACUUUUCAUAGUGGUCUCCUUUUGUCGAGCUCUCGGAAAGUAGCGGUAAAUCAUAGCCAAAUUUAGGUCAGCAGAGGGGAAAAAAGAGGUUUGAUUCAAACAAAAGGCUCAUAUGGGAAGACAUAAUACUGGCUGUGUUCUUCGUUACUGCUAAAAGUGAGGAGGGGCUCGCGGGGGCCUGGAGGGGUGCGGUGGUGGCCAAGCCAGGAACGAGUCUGUCGCUUUCGACAGGCUGUGCGCUGCCCCUCAAAAGAGCGGGGAGCUCUGGCACACGACAGAGGUGGUGAAAGUACUAAUCGUAGCUUGAAUCUUGGGAAAGGGUUCUACAUCGGAGUGCCACUCCACUUUCUAACAAAAAAAAAAUCUCCUUUCACCCGAGCCAUUUGCUUUAGAUGAAUGAACUCCUGUGGAAGGCUUUCUGGAGCCUCUUCAUACUGAGUCCGUGAGAGACAUGCACGACCAGGUGUCAGGACUGGUCAGUAAAGGUACUUCUGGCAGAUGGGUAGACACGUAAUGAGUUGGUCCUGUGGGAUACGUGGGGUGGCUGGGCCAGACUGCAGAGACCCAAAGCUACCAGUUCUACAAGUUUCUGGAACUGCCUUCAGUUAUUGACCGUGUGUACCUGCACACAAGCGACUACACAGAGAUUUCCAUUUUUCUCCCCUUUAGAAAGGAGUGUUGGAUUUGCAGUUCCAGAUAUCAGACCAGGCUUUGGGGUUUAUCUUGGACUGGCAAUUUUAAGAUGGGGAUACAAAAUUCAGGUCACUCCAGAGGAGGCACUGAUUAUCAGUUGGUUCUGAAAUACUUUCUAUAAGCGUUUUUAAACCGCUUAAAGUGUUUGCUCCCCCUUCUGCUUUGUCUCACACUGCUGUCAUGUUGCACAUUCACUUAGCAACCCCAAAAUCAAGAAUUUAUUUAGCUGUAGUUGUAUUUUUUUUUUCAUAUUUCACAGCACCUCUGAAAUGUUCUCAAACUGCUCUUUUGAGUGAUAUCUCCCUUGUAGAGGUCUUCAUGUCUUAAUCUAGAGGUCCUGCACAUUUAAAGGUGCCCAGAGCUGAUUCUGGUGAUACCAUCGUCGUCAUGUGUUGGAAGAGCAGUGCACGGAGGCACUUCUUUGUUGCCUCACUAACAAUGUACCGUAGAUAUGACCAAAAAUGAAUGUUUAAAAUCCUCUUUGUUGGCAUGUGGCUCGUUGUUCUUAGCACAGUAUUUAUUGCACAUUGACAGAAUUGUUGUAAUAGGACUUUUUUUUUUUAAGUGAGCACAUCUCUGCAGUAUUGACUUUUUAAACUUUUGAAAAGACACUGGUGUGAUGUUUAGAAAUCAUUUUUGGAUUCACUGGUAAACUAUCUUUGUUUACAGAUUGUAAUGUGAUGUUUAUCUCUUGGUCCAGUUUUUUUUUUCUGAGAUCCUCUAAGUGUAACUGUUUUUAAAUGUCAUAGGAAUUAAAGAGUUUUACAAAAAGCUA